AUGGUCGACAAGUCAAACAAGGUCGCCCUGGUCUUGGGCGCCACAGGGAUAUCUGGCUGGGCACUGGCCAAAAACGCCCUUUCCUAUCCGAGUCGGUCUACUUUCCAGCGCGUUAUUGGAUUAAUGCACCGGCCCAGGACAGUUGAGGAAACCGGCCUACCCAACGAUCCUCGGUUGGAGCUGUAUUCAGGCGUUGAUCUUCAGGGCGACCUCAACCAUGUCGUUGUGAAGCUGAAGGAAAAGAUCCCGCGGAUCGAGGAAGUCACACACGUUUACUAUCUUGCCUACAUGACCCUGCAAACAUGCAGUGGCGACAUGCGGCAGUUCCGGGACGCCAACGUCGCCAUGACCUACACAGCAGUCCACGCUUGCGAUCGCCUUUGUCCAAACAUGGAGUUUUUUGUGCUGCAAACGGGAACCAAUGCCUAUGGAGUCGCAUGUUUUGACUAUCUACGCCAAACGCAACUGCAAGUGCCGCUGCGAGAGAGUAACCCCCGAGUGCCUCGCCCUUGGAGCGACACGCUUUUCUACUACGCACAGGCGGACUUGAUCAAAGAAGCCAACAAGGGCAAGGCCUGGAAAUGGUGCGAGGUCCGACCGGACCAGAUUGUGGGACAUACUCCUGCCCAAGUUAGCGUUCCUUACGUCGCACCCAUGGCAUUGUAUCUCGCCCUAUAUCGGUACAUCAACGGACCAGGGGCCCGAGUCCAAUUUCCUGGAACCGUUCGCAACUAUCAUCACACAUACACAGACGUACGCCCUGAUACAAUGGCGCGGGCCGAGCUGUACCUUUCCCUCGUCAAGUCGGACGAAUCACACGGCGAGGCAUUCAAUAUAGCAGACACAGACACGCCUGGGCCGUGGAGUGCCAAGUGGCCCUCUAUCUGCAGAUAUUUUGGGCUUGAAGCCAGCGAAACGAUUGACGAUGAGUGGACGGAUAUAGACGGCUGGUGGUACGCAAACCAAACCGCCUACGAAAGAAUGUGCGCCGAGUAUGGACUGCAGAAGCAGGUCAUGUCUCCAACGGCCUGGUCGUUGAUGAAGAUGGGCCAUACGUUGAUCGACCAGAAUCGGGAACUGUGCCUCGAUAAGAUCAGAGGGCUGGGCUUUACAGAGGAUCAUCCGGUCGGGUCUAGCUAUUUCCAGGUUUUUGAAGACUUUGAGAGGAUGAAGAUUAUUCCGCCUAAGGUUGUCUUGGCUUCGCCUCGUUGUCGGGAUGUUUUGCAUCAGUGCUGA